GUGCCACACUGUAAUCCGUCCGCCUGGAGCAAGGGAUGUUUGCUUCCGCUUUAGCCGAUGUAGCCGAACUGUAAUCUCGACGCUCAAACGCGUCUUAACGGCGUUUGCAGUUGGUCACAAUUUAAGAAGAAAACAUGUCGGCUAUGUUGAAGAAUCAUAGUACGUUUUUUGUUGUAAUGUUCAUCCUGUGUCAGCCAGGCGCCGUGAGCUUUUUGUCUUUGGCAUCGAACGAGCAUGACGAGCUGGUGCUGGCAGAAGAAGCAACAGAGUCGGCCUUGGAGGGCAGCUCCGGGUUUGUGGAGUCUUCAGACCCUAAAGCAGCCAAGAGGCAGUUCAAGACCGCAGAGAUCGCUGACGCAGUGAUGGGCACCGAGGCCUCCAUCAACCCGUCUGACAUAAAGUCGCUCUUCCCUAAAAAUAUGAAAGACUUCCAGUCUGGCUUCUCGCCACCUUGUGAGGACGGGGAGUGUGUGGGGGUCACCCAGGAGGAGGAGAAUGCUGAAGCAUCACAGCAGGUGACACUGGACAUGGUGCACGCUGCUGCAGAAGACAAGAACACUGAGGCCACCAAGACUUACAAGGUCACCUGUGAUAGGAGGAACAUCACAGGCACAGACACCUUCACCGUGCAGGUUCUCAACGCCUCACAGGACCUGAUGGAGUUCCUCAACGCCAAUGGAACCGAGUGCUCCAUCGUGCUCUUCUUCACCACCUGGUGCCAGUUCUCAGCCAGACUGGCGCCUCACUUCAACGCUCUGCCUCGGGUGUUUCCCACCAUGCACUUCCUGGCCCUAGAUGCCUCACAGCACAGCAGCCUGUCCACCAGAUUCGGGACGGUGGCGGUCCCCAACAUUCUUCUCUUCCAAGGAGCCAAACCCAUGGCUCGAUUCAACCACACGGAGAGAACGCUGGAGAUGCUCACCUCCUUCAUCAGCAACCAGACGGGCUUGGAGGCGGGGCCAGAGGGGAUUGUGACGGACGGCGACCACCUGGGCCCGCUGCCCGGCGUGCCGGUGAAGAGCGUGGACUGGUUGCUGGUGUUCUCGGUGCUCUUCAUCGCGGCCUUCACCGUCUACGGCAUCCUGAGGACUGACAGCAUCCGAUGGCUGAUCCCGGGCCAGGAACACGAGCAUCAGGACUGAAGACGAGAGAUGUCAUGGAAGCUCCACUAGGACGUUUUCCAUGUGGAUGUUCCCAGGAGGGUUAAAGGUCCGCGCACUGACGGGGCAUUGCCAUGAUAUGCUGUGAUGUCCCUGCCAGGCAGUCCAAUGAGAAAGUGUACAUUUGAGUCAGGCAGUGAAGUGGACAGCUACAUCGUUUUCCGAUCUUUACUUGGUAAAAAUCAGGUUCUGAUGGACCUGGUGUCCUUGAGUUUCCUAUCAUAGCAUAAAGAAUCCCAGGCUGGUCGUUCAGUUAUUGAUGACAUCGGUUGUAAUGAAUGCUAAUACAUGUUUCUGGCUUGAAGCAUAUUGAGGUUGGGGUGAUUUACAUGAUGUACAACAACACAGGACAAAAUCAUACCGAAU